UGUCUUGAUAUUUGAAUUCGUUUGGGCUCCUGUAAAUUGAAAUUGAAAAGGUAGGUGUACGUAACCGUAACUGCACUGUGAACAUUUGAACCCAAUCCCCAACUCAGCACUGCAUCGUGAAGCCGAAAUGGGGAACCAAUACCACCAAGCAACAGAUGGGCUUCUGAGCCUUUUCACAAAGGCCAAUCACGAUCUCUCUAUGGUUCACCAUCGUCUCGAAAAGGAGUUUCAGCAGGUUUACCCCGACAACGCUAACCCUAUGAAGCUGGUUUCUAGAAUCAAGAAGGUUCAGGAAGAUAUAUCAAUCUUGAAGGGGCAGUGCCAUGAGCUUCUGGCUGCUAAGCAGGAUUUGAUUGAUAAGGCUCAGAGAGUUCUGGUGGAGAACAGAAAUUUGGUGCAGCGUAUGCAGCCGUCCUUGGGCAUCUCCCCCUCUGGUGAAGAUGAUGCUGCAUUCACUAACUUCAAACAGGUAAUUGAAGAAUGGACAGCACAAGUAAGAUCCAAAACAGGGAAUGAAACACAUGAUGCUGAUUCUGGAUAUAUCAACAAACUACUAUUCUCAGCUAUAGUUCAAAGUAAUUGAUUUGCUAUUUCAAGGAUAGUAGAUGUUGCAGAUGCCAAGCUCCUUGGGUUUCACUAAUGAUACAUAACAUAGACUUGUAAUGUAGUAUGCUUCUAGUUGGUUAUUGUUCUUUUAAGAUGUAGCUGUUCUAGGUUCACUGACUGGUGUGCAUCUUUUGUUGGAAUGGCUAGUAGAAAACAAAUUUGAUUUUACUUAUAUAAAGAAAUGGAAUUGUGUUCACAGAAACAAUGAAUAGUGUUCACUGACUGGUGUGCCUCUAUUGUUGGAAUGGCUAGUAGAUAUCAAAAUUGAUUUUACUU